AUGGGGAAGGCUGUCGUGAUUGAUUGCCGGGGGCACCUCCUCGGGAGGCUGGCCUCGAUCAUCGCGAAGCAGGUGCUCUCGGGCCAGCAGGUGGUGUGCGUUCGCACGGAGGAGAUCCUCAUUUCCGGCGGGCUCAUCCGCCAGAAGAUGAAGUACGAGCGCUUCCUGGCCAAGGGGCACAACCCGAACCCCCGGCGCUGCGGCCCCUGGCACUUCAGGGCGCCGGCUCGCAUGCUCUGGCGGGUCGUGAGGGGGAUGGUGCCCCACAAGACCGCUCGGGGCGCGGAGGCGAUGGGCCGCCUGAAGGUCUUCGAGGGCAUCCCGGCGCCUUACGACAAGGUGAAGCGCGUGGUCGUGCCGGACGCCCUGAAGGUGCUGCGCAUGGCGCACGGCCGGAGGUUCUGCAGGCUCGGCGACCUGGCGAAGGAGGUGGGCUGGAAGCACGCCGACACGGUGGCCGAGCUCGAGGCUGCCCGUAAGGCCAAGGCCGACACCUGGUGGCAGGCGGCGAAGAAGAAGCAGGCUGCCGUCCGGACCGCGUACAAGCAGGCUGCCGCCCAGGUCAAGUAA